AUGGAACAAACGACGAGUGAUGCUCUUCAUAAAUUUCGAGACAUGUGUUUAAGUGAAACGAACUGGAUAGAAUGUAUGAGCGAUGGUGUUCAAAAGGAAUAUCAAAGUAUCAAUGCCACAGACUCAGUUAUAGCCGUUAAAGUUGUAUCAAAUGACUUCAAAGACCUCCCUAUUGAAGACGUCUUCAAUUCUAUCAUAGACCCCGAUUUUCACAAAGAGUGGGACCCAUUAGUCAUUGAGUGGAACGUCGUUGACACAAAACCCGAGAAUAUUAAAGUCAUACAAAUGCUAGUCAAGGUUCCUGUUGUGACAAACCGGGAGUUUGUUUUUGAUUGUGAAAUUGCCACGCUGUUUAACGAAGGCGUUGAAGAACGAAUUUGUCGUUACGAGUCUGUUGAUGAUAACAAGUACCCUGUACAAAAUGGGUAUGUUCGAGGAACUGUUGGAUUAUCUGGUUAUUUGGUUCGGAAGGAAAAUGAUAAAGUUGUUGUUUAUUGUGUCGGAUGUUCAAACGUUGGUGGUUCAAUACCCAAAUGGAUCGUUAAUUCCAUGUCAAAAAGCGCAGUCCCAAGUAUGCUGAAAGGGUUAAAAGAAAAGGUACCAAAUUACAAUAAAUGGAAAAAUCAACAGACAAAGUAA